AUGAGUUCAAAAGUUUCUCCAAAUUCCUUGAUCCAGUUAGCAGGGUUUGUAGGGAUGGAAUUGAGAUCGAGUAGGGUGUUAAAAAGUGGGAGACAUCGUGUUGUUUUGGGUCUUGAGAAUAUCAAAUCUCCGAUUGCAAAGAGGAAAAGGAGCUCUGGUAACAAGGUAGCAAAUGAGGCUGAGAGGUCAUCACUGAGAUCUCAUCUAUCAAAUUCUGGUAAAAAAGGAGCAAAUGAGGCUGAAAUUGGGGUAUGUGUUGAUAAUCCUGAUGAAUAUGUUGAAAUGGGCACUGUGUUUUCAGAAGGUAUAAAAGUUGGAUUAAAUACAGAUGAUAAAGGUUUGUUUUUGGGAUCAGAGGUGUUGGAUCCUAUCAAAGAUUUACCAGUUUCUUGUUCCGAAGGAGAAAUCGAAGAGGAAAGUGUUGAAUGUGUUCCUGUUGAAGAAGGAAAUAAAUCAUCAACUAGUGAAACUGAUCAUUGUUUUAAGGAGGAAAUUAAAUCACCGCAGGACUGUGAACACGAGUCUGAACAUGUAGAAUCUGAAAAACUUGCUGAUGGUACAAAGAUUGUCCAUGGUGAUGACUUGUCAAUGUUGAAUGCUUCCAAGAAUGCUGAUAGUGGUAUUGAUAAAGUUAUGCAAAAAAAGGGAAGAGGAAGGCCCCGAAAGAAAAAGAGAAAAAUUAGCAACUUAAACAAGAAUGAAGUAGAAGAUGUAAAUGGUGAAGUUGUUGAAAGUGGUAUUGUAAAACAGAAAAGGGGAAGGAAAAGGAAAAAUGUUAAGAAAUCGGAAUGCAAUGGAGAUGAAAGAGCUAAAAGGAAGAAAGUUGGGGUUCGGGUUAAUGAGAGGGUGUUGCGGUUGAGGAAUACGGUGGUCAGUGGUGGUGGCACGGUGGUUGAUGGUGGCAGACCGGAGAAGAAGAUAGAGAGGCGUGGAAGGCCUCGUAAGAUACGUAUUGAAACUAAUGAGAUUCCUUUAAAACCCUUAAAAAAACGGGGAAGACCACGCAAAAUAGAUGUUGAAAACAGUCAACCAAAUGUGAAACCAAAAAACAAGAAACUAAAACAGGGGAAAGAAAAGGUAUCAGACAAGAAAAGACUCAAAGAUAUGAUUUUGAAGAAACUCAAAAUGAGAAAAAGAAAAUUGAAGCUUGUGGCCAUUAAAAACAGCAACAGUGGGUUAGAGGCUAAUAAAGUGAAAAGAAUAAGAAUUCGUAAUAGGAAAAAGUGUUGUUACUGA